AUGUACUUCAUCAGGCGGAUCGGGGCUAAUAUCAUGACCUGUCGCCCUAGGCACCCUCUCAGAGCGGCAUCGUCUGCGGAGAAUGCGCCGGCGGAAUGGUUGCGCCGGCUACUCGAGGGCCGUACCAAGCCGCCGAAACUGUAUGCCUGGACGCCGGAAAAUCUACCAGUCCGCAUACGCAGCGCGGAGCAGUCGUUGCCGACAGAGAGUCAGUCGCAGAGGCCCGGCGGCGACGACGAGCGGCGUCGCAUAUAUGUGCUGGGCAUCGGAAAUCUAGGCCGCCUGUACGCGAGCUUCCUCGCGAAGAGCGCCGAAAGGGCGCCCAUAACUCUCGUCGUGCACCGGCGGGAGCUGCUGGAGAGCUGGGCGGACCAUCCCGGCAUCGAGCUGGUGCGCGACGGGAAGGCCGAGCGGAACGCCGAGUUCGAUAUCGAGUGGUGGACGGAAGCGGCGCCGCCACGGGGGCCAGUCAGGGAGCCCGGCCGUAGUCGUGGCAGCAUUUGCAACCUCAUCGUCGCGACUAAAGCCGCCGACACGCUGCCCCAGGUCGAUAGGCUGCGGCGGUACCUCGGCGCCGGCUCGACGGUCGCGUUCACCCAAAACGGCGUGUGCAAGCUCUGGCCGCCUCUGGGCGCGACCUACGUAGCGGCCCGAUGGCCCUCCGGCACAGGGCCCAGCUGGCUGGCAUGCGUGACAACACACGGCGUCACGUCACUCGGGCCCUUCCGUAGCGUCCAUGCGUCGCCCGCGGGGGUGCUCGUCGGGGUCGUAACGCCCGUCAGCAGUGAUAGAGGGCACGGCAGCAACAGUACUGGUACUGGUUCUAAGGUUAGCGCCUAUAGCGGAGGGGAGUACCUGAUCGAGCAGCUGGUCAACGCGCCGGGACUCGCUGCGCAGCGCCUCCCGACGCGGGAGCUGUGGGUGUCGCAGCUCGAGAAGCUGGUCGUCAACUCGGUCAUCAACCCGCUGACGGCGGUGCUGCGGUGCCGGAACGGCGAGAUCUUCGCCGACCGCGGCGACCGGCUGCCGGCGGUGAUCGACGAGCUGCUCGCGGAGGCGAGCCGCGUGCUGCGCGCGCUGGCCGAGCAUUCGAGCACCGACGCGGUGCUCGCGGCGGAGGCGGGCGAAGGCGGCGGCGGGAGCGACCAGGACCUGCGGGAGUUCCGCGGCGCGCUCGCGCAGCGCUUCGCCCCCGCGCGCCUGCGCGCCAUGCUCGACGGCGUCGCCGCUAAGGUCGGCGCUAACACCAGCUCGAUGCUGCAGGACGUGCGGGCCGGCCGGACCACCGAGGUUGCGGACCUCAACGGCUGGCUCGUCGACGCAGCGAGGUACGUCGGCGCCGAGGCAGGAGGGGGCGGGCUACCGGCGCACGAGAAGCUAGUGGCGCUGGUCAGCGACGGGGCGAAGAUGACGAGGGAGGAGCUGGUUCAGCAUGUUCUCGGUAGGUGA